CUUACAUGACGUAAAGGUAUCAAUAACAAAGAUGGCGUCCGUUUUACAAAGAUUUUUAACAAGAACAAUAAUAUCAUCUUCUUCUCUACCGGCUUCCUGUAGAAAAACUAGGAUGCACAUUUGUGCAGUGCUAGCUUCAUCUCACGAAGAUCCACUGGGCAUCAAAAAUAGGAGUAAAACAUUAGAAGAACAUCAGAAGCAACAAAUGGCCAGAGGUCUCCCCAAAAAGCGGCCAGUUGAUGGUGUCAAGCAUGUGGUAGUGGUAGCAUCUGGCAAGGGAGGAGUUGGAAAAUCCACCACCUCAGUGAAUCUGGCUUUGGGAAUGCUAGCAAGCAAACAGUCUUUGCGUGUUGGGCUUCUUGAUGCAGAUAUUUAUGGACCAUCUAUACCAAAAAUGAUGAACUUAAGAGGACAGCCAGAGCUAACAAAAGAAAACAUGAUGAAGCCAUUGGUGAAUUUUGGAGUGCCUUGUAUGUCUAUGGGUUUUCUGGUAGAGGAAGGGGCACCAAUUGUGUGGAGAGGAUUAAUGGUGAUGUCUGCGGUGGAAAAGUUAAUACGACAGGUUGCAUGGGGAGAGCUGGAUGUUCUAGUGAUUGACAUGCCUCCUGGCACAGGAGAUACCCAGCUGUCAAUCUCACAACUCAUUCCUAUUUCAGGUGCAGUGAUAGUCACCACACCACAAGAUAUUGCACUGCUUGAUGCUUGUAGAGGCACAGAGAUGUUCAGAAAGGUUGAUGUACCAGUUAUUGGACUAAUUCAAAAUAUGAGCCAUUAUGUAUGUCCUAAGUGUGAACACAAAGCCUACAUAUUUGGAAGAGAUGGUGCCAGAGGUGUUGCAAAGGAAAUGGACUUAGAACUCUUGGGUGAUGUUCCCCUUCAUACUGACAUCAGGGAAACCUCAGAUUCAGGAAAACCCAUUGUAGUUUCUCAACCUGACAAUCCUCAGACUUAUGCCUACAAAAUGAUUGCUGGUCGUGUUUUGGAUAAACUUUCCUUGACAAAAGAAACUACCAGGUGACAAGGAAACAUGCAGACAAGCUCUUGUGAUCAAGUUACUACAAAGGAAGAUUGACUUGGUAGCUGGAAAUGUCAGACAGUCAGUAUGAAAGAGUAAACCCAAACAAAGUCACUGUUGACUGCUUUGUGAAACUGUAGCACAAAGAUUGUUGUGAAGCUGAUAGAAAUAUGAUAUAAAUUCCCUUAACAAGAAGAGGAAUCAUCAGGUUUUUUCAACCAAUGAAUUCAAGAUUAUGAACACCAUUUAAAGAUUGCAGGUAGAAGUAUUGCCAGAAACUGUUUGAUUGCUGGAGGCAUUCUUACAAGGACAGCAAAUGAGACAGGCUUCACACAUAUGAGAAAAAGCAUGUGAGGAAAAUCAAUGAUAGUAGCUAUAUUUAUUAUAUAAUAAUAAUAAUAUGAAAAUAUUCUUAAGAUAGCUAUCUCAAGAUGUCCUAGAGGCACAGAGGAAUGUUAAGUCACCAACAACAAGAAAUAGCUUUCUGACUUUGAGAUUGAAAAGGGUAUAGCUCAAAACAUUUUUCCCAAGAUAUUUCAUCAAAUCACAGGCAAAAUAAGUCACAACUGGAAAGCCACUUCCUGUCUUUAAACAAGAACAAACAAGGCAAACAUCACUUAUGAUGGAUAAAUUUGUUGCCUUGGAAUAUAAAAGGGCUUGAAGUCUCAUUGGAAGGAAUGUGACAUAAAGAGAUUAAUAACCUUGAGGAGGAUACUUUGUACAUUAAAACUGUCCUUCAGGUAUGAAUAACAGAGUGCAAAAACAAAUUGAAAUAAGUUGAUGCCAUCAUGCUGUGAAUAAUGACCAGCAGAUCUCAAAAGUCUGUUGAUUUUCCCCUAAAGUCCUUUCUUACUGGAUUUACUUGGGUUUUGUUUCUGCAUCAGAAACUCGCCUAAUGUAAAUGGCAUCUUCUGGAUGUCUAGUAAAAGAAAUAAAAUGUUUUGUGUCAACUAAAGCUUGACGUGACUUUGCGAAAAGCUAACCAAGCUAACUGUUCAGUUUGUAAAAUACAGUGUGAGAUUACUAUUUUUUUUCCAGCUGAACAAAGGAUAACAUAUAACCUCACUACCUAAAGGAGCACUAUGUUUCAUUAUCUAACUAUCAUGACACCUGUUAUCUCAAAGGUUCUGUGCAUUUGUAGCUCUAGACAAAAUAGUGGAUGGAACAUAAUAUCAUAGCACUAUAAUUGUAUAUUAAUAUGAUGUAACUUACUCCUUCUCAUCCUCUUCAUACAUGUAUGACACAGCUAUGGCCAGCAGGCUGCCAUCAUUACUGAAGCUCAAUGAUGAAAUACUGGUUGGGUAACGAUGAAACUGAAAAUUUAAUUAGACAUGAUUAAUGUCUGAUCUUUUACAAUGACCAGGCCUUGCAGAAUCAUCUUAAACUGUAAUUUUAAUGUCACAACACUGUGAGGAAACUAUAAAAAUAGGGAAACUAAGACAAAGAGUUCCUCCUUUAAAAUCAGGUAGUACUAUGGAAAAGUA